AGAGGGUCGCUGUGCUGCUGCUGCUACUUUGUGCCACUUCUCAUCUAGCCUCCUCCGUUGAAGAUGAACAUGUGAUUCCAGCAUCAACUAGUAUUUCUUUGAUUUUCUUCUUUAAAAGAAACCAAAAUCACUUACCUCACAUGUUGGAUAUGCUUUAUAAGUGUUUGCUGCCUAAUGGCAACUUUGAGAAAGGUCCAAAGCCAUCAGAACUAAAAGGCACAAAAGUGAUGAACCGCAAUGCCAUACCAAACUGGGAAAUCUCAGGCUUUGUUGAGUACAUCAAGUCUGGUCAAAAGCAGGGUGACAUGGUGCUCGUCGUCCCGGAGGGAAACUUCGCUGUCCGGUUGGGCAAUGACGCACUUGUCAAGCAAAAGGUUAAGGUUGUCAAGGGAAUGAAUUACUCCAUAACCUUAAGUGCUGCUCGCACUUCGAAUUUGAUGAAGAAUGGAAAUUUUGAAGAAGGUCCUUAUAUCUUCCCUAGUUCCUCAUGGGGAGUGCUAGUUCCACCGCACAUUGAGGAUGAUCACAGUCCUAUUCCUGGUUGGAUCGUCGAAUCCCUUAAAGCUGUGAAGUACAUUGACGCUGGUCAUUUCUCGCUUCUAAAACCUAAUCAUGCCGCCACACACCAAGAUGACGCAACACAAAUGAUAGACACAAACAAAUGAAAUCAAAUAUUAAGUACACUUCCACAGAAUCAAGAGGAUGAGAACCUUUAUGCUAAAGAUCCUUGUUUCAAAUCUUCUUGGCCACCAAAUCCCACAUCCUUGGAUUUGCUAAAGAUCUGGUCAUUGUGUAAAGUGCAACAUUAAGCACCUCUAAAUAUCACAUCAGCUUUUGAAUACGCUUUAAACUCUAUGGCGCAAAAGUACCAUUCAAAGGAACAUUAAACCAUGAUGUUUAUUACAAAAAGCAAUAAGUUUUUCUUUGAUUU